AUGAAGCUCUCGGAGUUCAACGGAAGAUUGGAUUUCUUGUGGAUUGAAGAUGAACUUGGAGAUGGUUGUACGAGUCUAGUGCGACACUGUGCGCUUAAGCAUCAAUCAAGCUGGAGAGUUCAAAGGCAGCGAAGCACUUAUGAGCUGAUGAGGAGUUUUUCAGUCAUGGAAAAGAUGGUCUCUCGCCACUUCUGA